AAGUAGCUGGAUUUCAGAGAAAGUAGCUUCAAGAUCGUCUUUCCUUUUUGGUAACUAAAGAGCUUUUUCUUCUUUCUUUCUCACUCUUUUGGUCUUUUAGCGAUGGAGACAGAUGGGAAUGAUCGAGGAAGCUACAAAGGAAAAUCUGCAGACUGAACCCCAAAGAGGUCCAAUACUUCCAGGAUGGGUGAUGUCCUGACCUUUGAUGGGGAUAUUACUGAAUUAUUUGACUAUUUAAAUUACUCUUACGAGUCCACACUCAACCCUGACAGUGCACCAGGACCCUGCCGACCUAAAAGUGCAUCAGCUCUGAUCAGAUACUUUGUGGCAUUCCUCUAUUGCUUGGUAUGCUUAUUCAGCCUGGUAGGAAAUGCCUUGGUGGUUCUGGUGGUCACCUACAACAAAGGAAACAGGCCUGUGACUGAUGUGUACCUCCUAAACCUAGCCAUUGCAGAUCUAAUCUUUGCCCUCACCUUGCCCAUCUGGGCUAUUUUCCGAGCUCAUGAAUGGAUCUUUGGAACUGCCAUGUGUAAAAUCAUCUCAGCCAUGAAGGAAGUCAAUUUCUACAGUGGAAUCCUCUUGUUGGCUUUCAUCAGCAUUGACCGCUACUUGGCAAUAGUGUAUGCUACCCAUCAUGUUACUGAAAAGAGACACUGGGUCAAAUUUGUCUGUGUUGGCAUCUGGGUGUUCUCCCUCCUCCUUUCAUUGCCUAUGAUUACCUACCGUGAAGUUGUCCAUGCACCUAAUUCUGCUCAGAUGGUUUGUUAUGAGAAUAUUGGAGGGAAUGAAACAACUAAAUGGAGAGUGGUGCUGAGAAUCCUGCCUCAAACCUUUGGCUUCCUUGUGCCUUUGGCCGUCAUGCUUUUUUGCUAUGGGGUGACAGUGCAUAGACUUUUCCAGAUGAAGAAUAAUCAGAAAAAGAAAGCUAUGAAAGUCAUCCUGGUUGUGGUGCUGGUCUUCCUCUUUUGUUGGCUACCUUACAAUAUCUCCCUACUUAUUGAUACCUUGAUGAGGACCAGAGUCAUUGCUGAGACCUGUGGACUCCAGGAUGCCAUUGAUGCUGCCCUUUUAGGCACAGAGAUCCUGGGGUUUUCUCACAGCUGUAUGAACCCCAUCAUCUAUGCCUUUAUAGGGCAGAAGUUCCGAAACAACUUCCUCAAGAUCCUAGUCACACGAGGCAUCAUCAGUAAAGAAGUCCUGAUUCGUUACCGGAAGGGCUCGACCUUCUCAUCUACAUCUGGCAAUACCUCAACAACACUAUAAUGUCCAUGUUGUGAAGACAGGAUGGAAGAGAGGACAGCUGAAUACAUUGUCCAUCUGCUGUUCAACUCAGAAUAUUAGUAAAUACUAAGGCUGAGACUGCAAUGAGAGCUCCCUUUUAAAGGUACUGGCACUACCUUUCCAGUGCAAUACUUUCUGCCACACAUCCUAAGGUCAGAAAUUGGCAAGGACAAAUGGGAGGUCCAUGUAACGCUUCACAUAUUGUUGAAAUGUGACACUUAGCAUCUCUAGCUCACAGAAAAGAAAGUGAGAGAUGCUAGCAGGUACAACUGAACACCUGGAGGGGUGCACCAUUCCCACCUCUGCUGUAGGCUUUGCAGACUAAUUGUUCAUUCCAGUCAUUAGGUACUGAGAUUGCCCCAUGUCCUCCACAGUGGGAGAAAGUGCAGAGGAAAUGAACCUAGGGACAUUUCUACAUUGACCCUAAAAGUGAGCUUGAACCAGAAUCCCAGAUUCCAUUUUGAGCCUGGUUGAUGGUCUAAAAGGGAAUCAUUAAGCUGCCUCGGGGUGAGAGAGAGUUCCUACUACUUUAGGAUUUGGGUUGUCCCCCAUGUCAAUGUAACCUAGGGCAAAGCCAUGUAAGUUUUGCCUCGAGUUAACCUGAAUCAGCCUUGCAUGAUGUGUAUUGUGGGGAUGACCAAAUUACUCACUGACCUAAUUGGUCAGUGUAGAUCUGCCCAAGGUCUUUGAGGCACCAAAUAGAAAUCUGGUACUUUAGUUGAGGACCAACGUUAGCUUGUAUGUUUGGCAUCUCUUAGCCAAGAAUUCCCUAUACAACCUUUACCUUUACAACAAACAAGUGGCAUAUAAUGGGGGGGG